GAGUCAAUGUGUACGAAGGCUCGACUACUUAUGUAGUUGGAGACUACAGUAUCAAUAACAUAAAUAUUACAUGGYUAUUGAGUAUGACCGUGUUUGACGGACCAGAUAAAAUAUUCAUAAAACAGCUGAUAUUUCGUUCGUUCUUACCGUGAUUCAUUUGUCCUGAUGAAGAUGAAGCUUGGGUUUCUUUUUUUCAUCCUUGUGCAGCUUAGCAUAUUUUCUUCAAGCGAGGCACUCUCUUGGGGGAGUCAACCAACCUCGGCUACCGGGAUUCAAGGCCAAAGUGUCAACAUCACCUGGACUGUUAAUCUAAAUGGAGGUGAAGCAUGGGGAAAUGUUAAAGUGAACCAGGUAGUAGGUGGCUUUAAAGAAGCGAUGAUAUUGUAUGACAAGRCAAAUAGGAGAGCUGUUUAUCCUGAUUAUGCAAGUCGAGAUGCGGAUCUGAAUCUAACUGCUUCUCUCACYGGYACUCUACUGACAUCGGUGUUUACAAUGAAAAACCUGAACCAAUCGACUGAUGAGCGUUUCUACGACUUGCAUAUAAUCUUUACUGAUAGCAUAGGCAGCCUUGACAGCCGCCAUUCAGUUGACUUGAAACUAACAAUCCUUGUACCGACCACGUUAACCAGUCCAAACUUUAACCAAAGUACUGUCACUAUUAACGAAACACAGACUGCACAGCUUGAAUGUACUGCAACUGGUCACCCUACACCCAGUAUUAACUGGACAAGAGAUGGAGUGAUCGUUGGCACAGGAAGCCCAUACACUACACCAGCAGUUACAUCCAACGAUGACAAGGCGUGUUAUACGUGUGUAGCUUAUAAUGGAGUCCUUGAUGCCAAGACGGCUAACUUCUGUCUAAACGUUCAAUAUAAACCAAAAAACGCAACAGUUUUGAGUGACAGAUCAACAGUUUGCCAGAAUGAUAAAGUGAAUCUGUCCUGUACAUCAGGACCAGCCAACCCAGUAACCAGCAGUUACGAAUUUUACGAUAAUGAUGUUCUUAUUGGAACCAGUGCAUCCAACGUUUAUGAAACUACAGCUACUGCAGGCUUACCAUCUGUAAACAAGUUUGUUUGUGUACCAAGAAAUCUUCUGGGACCCUCCUUGAAAAAUGGAAGCGUGGAAGUUACUGCAAAAGUGGCGCCAGCUAUAGUUACGUCACCUGUCUCCACAACUCUAGCGGAGGGAAGUUCUUUAACACUCUUUUGCAAUGCCUCUGGAGUACCUGCACCUAAUAUCACGUGGACCAAGGUUGGUGGAGGCAUUGUUGGCAGUACUGAGACAUUUACCAUAAGUGGCGUCACGAGAGGAGACGAAGGGUUCUACAGAUGCACAGCAAGCAACGGCGACGAGUGCAGCAAUGUCACUGCUGACGCAAAUGUUGUCGUAAACUAUCCACCAGAAAGUACUAGUAUAACAACAAAUAACAGUGAUAACACUUUCCUAAAAGGGAACAGUGUAAGACUAUCAUGUGCGUCAACAUCAAAACCACAAUCGUGCAACGUGACGUUUUACCAUGGCAACACUGUUAUUCAAAGCUACUAUGACAAGACAUGUGCAGGAGCAGAUGCUGCUAGUCACGUGAUACACAGUAUUGAUGGUUGUAACCUGGAAGAGUAUUCAUGCAAAGCUGAAAACCAGUACGGGCAACAAGAGGCUAAAAUCAACCUGACAAUAAAUGUUCCUGCAACAAUCAACAUUUCACCUGCAGCUGACGUUGUUCUAAUAGAAGGAGAUGCUUUGCAGCUUAAUUGCACUGCUACAGGUUGCCCCACUCCAAAUAUUACAUGGACAAAGACAGAAAAUAGUGCAUCUUUAGCACUUGUGAAUGGCUUCUUUUUGUCUCAUAGUAUUAACAGCUUAAGCAAAUCAGACACUGGCCAUUAUAAGUGCUUUGUAGACAAUGGAGUUGCAGGAAGUCCUUUGGAUAGAACAAUACAUGUAAAUGUCACAUACAAACCAGAACUCACAAAUCUGACCAGCACAAAGACUGAGGCCUGCCUGAACGACUCAGUUGAGUUACAAUGUACAACAAAUGCCAACCCACCAGCACAUGAAUAUCGCUUCUACUUGAAUGAUCAGCUUGUACAUACCAGCAUGUCUGGAGUCUAUCAGUUGAAUGUUCCWCAAGCAGGYAAUAACACAUACAAGUGUGAACCAAAUAACACUGUUGGAGCUGGACAGAAUGCAUCGGUGACCAUUGCCACAAAAGCUCCUCCACUGAUAACGUUUUCAACACCAAACCAGACUGUGGUAGAAGGAGACAGAGUGGUUCUUAUGUGCAAUGUAACGGGUAGUGAUCCAAUGAACGUGACUUGGAGUAAAGUUAGUGGUUCAUCAUAUCCUGAAAGUUCUAGUCACACCUUCACAAGUAUUGUACGUGGAGACGAGGCUACGUACCAAUGUACAGCACACAAUGGAAAUGAGUGUCCUGCAGCAACUGCUCGAUCAGCCAUCACUGUCACGUACAAACCCGAAAGUACUAAUUGCUUUACAAACAAAAGCAGCAACGUAUUUGUGCAAGGAGAAACAGUUAACUUGACCUGUCAGUCAUCAGCAAAACCCGCCCAAUGUAACGUGCUGUUUUAUCAAGGAAAUACGUUACUGGCUAACAAGUCAAGUGCCAUGUGUUCAGCAAGUCAUUUGCUAACCAACAUCCAAGGAUGCAAUGGCGAGAGGCUUUCGUUUAAGGUUCAAAACGUUGCAGGGACUGGUAAAACAGUUGAUAUUAACAUUACUGUGCAAGUUCCGGCAAACAUCAGCGUUGUACCGUCCACAGAAACAGUUGUUUUAGAAGAGGGGAAGGCUCUUUCUUUAAAUUGCAGUGCCACAGGAUGCCCAACUCCAAAUAUCACAUGGWCAAAAGAAGGAAAUAGUGCAUCUUUAAUUCGUGCCAAUGGCUUCUUCUUAUCUCAUGGUUUUAACAGCAUAAGCAAAGCGGCUACCGGCAAAUAUAAGUGCUCCGUAAACAAUGGAGUUGUAGGUAGCCCUCUGGAAAAAACAAUAUACGUCAAUGUCACAUACAAACCAGAACUCACGAACCUGACCAGCACAAAGACUGAGGCCUGCCUGAAUGACUCAGUUACGUUACAAUGUACAACAAAUGCCAACCCAUCAGCAUAUGAAUAUCGCUUCUACUUGAAUGAUCACCUUGUACAUACCAGCAUGUCUGGAGUCUAUCAGUUGAAUGUUCCWCAAGMAGGCAAUAACACAUACAAGUGUGAACCAAMGAACACUGUUGGAGCUGGACAGAAUAAAUCGGUGACCAUCGCCACAAAAGCUCCUCCUAAGAUAACGUUUUCAACACCAGACAAAACUGUAGUAGAAGGAGACAGAGUGGUUCUUAUGUGCAAUGUAACGGGUAGUGAUCCAAUGAACGUGUCUUGGAGUAAAGUUGGUGGUCCAUCAUAUCCUGAAGGUUCUAGUUACACCUUCACAAGUAUCGUACGUGUAGAAGAGGCUACGUACCAAUGUACAGCACACAAUGGAAAUGAGUGUCCUGCAGCAAUCGCUCAAUCAGCCAUCACUGUCACGUAUAAACCAGAGAACACUAGUUUGACGGCUUCUAAAGCUAGAGCCUGUGUUAGCGAUGAAUUGACUCUGACGUGCCACACCAGUGGAAAGCCUGAUCCUACAACCUACAGGUUCUAUCGAAAUAAUGUGUUAAUCAAAGCCCAAAGUACUAAUACAUACAAAUUUUCCACGAGUGCCAGUGGGAACAACGUUUACAAGUGUCAACCUGAAAACAGCGCUGGUAAUGGUACUAUGGCCAAUGUCACUGUUAUUGUAAAAGCUGCGCCUGUUAUUGAUUACAUUACUCCAAGUCAAGAGGUUGUGGAGGGAAAUACCUUGACUCUUGUCUGUAACGUCACCGACUUUAGUAGGCAAUUGAAUGUGUCUUGGCACAAAGUUGGCGGUGGUCAGUUAUCGAGUACGAGAACCCAUUCUAUAACAUCUGCUGGCCGUAAUGAUACAGGAUCAUAUGUAUGUAAAGCUCACAAUGGAAAUGAGUGUGAUGCGAAAACAAAACUCGCCCAUAUCACCGUGAAAUAUCCAGCAACCAUCACAUCUCACUCAAGUCUAAAUGUAACACGUGACGAAAACGACCAGAUCAUUCUUAGCUGUAUGGUGUCUGGUGUACCAAAACCCAGUAUUAACUGGACCAGAAAUGACCAACAGAUUCAAAGUGCACAUGGAGAGACAUACGCUUUUCAAGCUUUGGAGUCUUUGUCAGGAAAUUACUCUUGUAUCGUGUCCAAUGGGAUUGGAGGAAGACAACAAAGGACAUUUUAUGUCAAGAUAACAGGGCACUGUAAAGGCCAUGGAUGUAAACAUGGGGGAACGUGCAGAAGUGAAGGCCAAAGUUACAGAUGUCUUUGCACAAGAGGAUUAACCGGGAGAUUCUGCGACAACGAAGUUUUGUUUCAAUUCUUAAAUUUAAAACUUGCCAACAUCUUUUCGACACAGAUGUUCAAGAUAUUCAAUGAAGGACAACAACGAAUACCAGGGAAAAAACUUGUGACUUGUAUCCUUGUAAAAGCCAGUAAAGGAAGUAUAUACGCCAACACAAUUCUUACUUUCAAUGACACUGCCCUAAGAAGCGAGGUCGUGAAUGCCAUAAAGAAUGAAAUAGUCAACAAAACAAUUUUCGGCAACUUAACAUUGAAAGCAUCAGGAUUGCAAGUAUCUCCAAAAUCUGAUCCAUGCAGCUCAGAACCUUGCAAAUUCAACAGCAAAUGUGAGGUGCAAGGUGAUAAUGGCUACAGAUGUUUUUGCGAUGCUUUCAGAUACGGGACGCAUUGCGAGAAGGGUGCGGCAGAGAACGGAACUUCGAUGCAAACUUUUAACGUGAAUGACCAUAAUGCAGCAGCAACUAAUGCUUACAAGACAACUCAAGAUGAAAUGCCGCCAUAUCGUAAUGGUCAACCAACGGAGAUCUACCGUCCGAAAAAGCAUGGAAUCGAAUGA